AACUCUUGACUGGAUCUCAGCACUAGCUCAGACCAUGUGGACCCCAGAUGAGAUUGCCCACCUGUGCUAUGAGCACUAUGGGACCAGGCUGCCCAAGCAGGGGAAGCCUGAGCCCAACCGCGAAUGGACAUUACUAGCAGCUGUGGUGAAGAUACAGCCUAUAGCUAACCAAGCCUGUGACUGCCCUGACAAAGAGGUACAAGUGACAAAGGAAGUUGUGUCAAUGGGAACAGGAACAAAAUGCAUAGGCCAAUCCAAAAUGAGGAAAAGCGGAGAUAUCCUCAAUGAUAGCCAUGCUGAGGUCAUAGCCAGAAGGAGUUUCCAAAGGUACCUUCUCCAUCAACUUCACUUGGCAGCUGCUCUGAAGGAAGAUAGCAUCUUUGUCCCAGGAACUCAGAGAGGACUGUGGAAACUCAGACCAGACCUCUUCUUUUUAUUUUUCUCCAGCCAUACACCCUGUGGGGAUGCCUCCAUCAUUCCAAUGCUCGAGUUUGAAGAUCAGCCUUGCUGUCCUGUCAGUCGAGAUUGGGCCCAUAGCCCAUCAGUAGAAGCCAGUGGUAACCUGGAAUCUACUGAAGAUGAAAGGAAAUAUGAAGACCCGGACAGUCCUGUGACCAAAAAAAUGAGGCUUGAGCCCAGAACUACUGAAAGAAAAGUCACCAACGGUGUGGCCCACCAUAGGAGUUUUGGCAAUCAGGAAAGUGACCCAAUCCCACCAAGUGUCAGCAGCUCUAAUCUCACCUCAGAGGAACUGGCCACUGUCGCUAGAAUGGUGCCCAGUGGUGCCAAAGUGGUGGAUGUUUAUAGAACUGGAGCCAAGUGUGUGCCUGGAGAAGCUGGAGACUCAGGGAAGCCUGGUGCUGCAUAUCACCAGGUGGGGCUGCUCCGAGUGAAGCCAGGCCGGGGAGAUAGGACUUGCUCCAUGUCUUGCAGUGACAAGUUGGCACGGUGGAAUGUCCUUGGAUGCCAGGGAUCACUGUUAAUGCACUUCCUAGAAGAGCCCAUCUACCUGUCAGCUGUGGUCAUUGGGAAGUGCCCAUACAGCCAGGAAGCCAUGCAGAGAGCACUAAUUGGGAGGUGUCAGAACAUCUCAGCUUUACCCAAAGGCUUUGGAGUUCAAGAAGUAAAAAUACAGCAGUCAGAUUUACUGUUUGAGCAGAGCCGCUGUGCAGUGCAGGCAAAAAGGGCUGACAGCCCAGGCCGACUUGUUCCUUGCGGAGCAGCUAUCAGCUGGAGUGCAGUUCCUGAGCAGCCAUUGGAUGUCACUGCCAACGGCUUUCCACAGGGAACAACAAAGAAGGGUAUUGGAAGCCUUCAGGCCAGAUCUCGAAUCAGCAAAGUGGAACUCUUUAGAUCAUUCCAGAAGCUGCUAAGCAGUAUUUCAGAGGACAAGUGGCCAGACUCCCUCAGGGUGCGGAAGCUAGAGACGUACCAGGAGUACAAGGAGGCUGCAUCUGCUUACCAGGAAGCCUGGAGCACCCUCCGGAAGCAGGCAUUUGGAUCCUGGAUCCGAAACCCCCCGGAUUAUCACCAGUUUAAAUGAGAAGAGAAAGUCUGCAAAGAGCUUACUGGUAGCAAGGUAUUUUCCAACCUUUGAUGCUGGACCACCUUCUUCUUUUGUGCUGGACAAGCCUUAGCUUUUCUUGUGGCUGAAUAGGGGAAAAAAGUCUGCCAUCUACCAGAGCAACACAUCUCUUCUGUGCGGGGGGAUGGAAUUUUGGAACAUGGAACAAUCUAUACUUGCUUGAAGCAGCUCUCUGCUAAAAUGGCAUCUCGCUAAUGACUUUGGUAUCUGUCCUAACUGUGUUUUAUUGCUUCUCUAAAAUACAGAAUAAGAAUUUGAAAUACUGUGAUACUUUAAAAGUGAUGCUCUGUUUUGUGUGUUUCUGCAUUAAUUCAGUAAAUAUGUUGGGCUGAGAUGAUGUUUGAAUUUCUGCAAGUUCUAGAGCUUUGCCUGGUAUAGUGGACAUAUAUUUUGUAUACCAGCCUUUCUUCCUUUGGAGAGCCACCCUUUCCUGCUCAAUGGAAAACUAUGCAACCAUGAGACUUGGUUGAAGCAAACCUUAUUCCUGGCUCCAGUAAUGUGAGUGAGCCCUGGACAGUCCUGGAACUACUGCCAGAGCUAUCAGGAAAGAUUCUGUCCCUCUUGUAUCAGGAGCUGUAAGGGCCUCAUAGUCUUGGAACUUGGCCCACCACAUAGAGACAGACAGCUUGAGAAUGAAGGCAAUAAAAGUGAAACAGCCAAGAGAAUCAGAGCUCUUGUGACCUUGUGUGGAUUCCUUGAAGCUAGAGCCCACCCUGGACUUCAGUUAUGUGAGAUGAAUUUCUAUUGUUUUCAGUAAGCCUGUUUGAGAUGGUUUUCUAUGACUUUCAGUGGAAAGAGUUCUGCCUAAAAGGCUAAAAGUCCCUUUAGGAAAUCAGCAACAGGCCUAGCAACCAAGCCUGUUUUAACUAACAUCUAAUAUUUAAUUCUCCACCUCUUCCCACCUUAAAUUAUUGUCUCAAAAUAGAAACUCUCCAUCUUGGGACUACUCAAGGGCCUUGUCAGUUCUUGAGCAUUUCUUUAUUGCUUUAAAUACUUUUUUUUCUUCUUAAUCCUCACCUGAGGAUAUUU